AUGUCUUCGAUCAAUAUUUUAGAAAUUGCACUAUUUUUGGUCUUUGUGUGCCUAAUGAUAUUUGCUGAGAAGAUCCCUGUUCACCUGAUUUUCAUUGCCACAUGCUUUGCUAUGUAUAUCGUCAGACAACAACUUACCACGGAACUCAAUACACGUGUUGAAAGAUUAACCGCAGAUAUUACGUCACGAGAUGCUAAAUUUGUUGUCGAGGGACAAAGAAUGCUGACAAUGGUAAACACCAUGAUCGAAACUAUUAAUGAAAUCACCACCAAUUAUGAAUCUCUUUGUGAUCAGUUGGACCAUUUAACUGAGACAGGUUCCAUGACACCACUAAUAUCUGAACAAUUCGCUGUCCUAUCUGUACCUAUGUGUAAUAUUGUAUCAGUUGAAAUUCGUAGUCUUGGGGUGGGAAAGCUUGGUAAAGAGACGGUAAAAAGUUAUUAUCUUAAAAUUAAUGAUUUAAAAAGUAGUAAUUUAAAUAAAAUAGGUGCAUGGAUAGAUAGCAAAACAAAUAUAAUUUCCAAUAAUUCAGAGUAG